CAUGACUGGCCUCUUUUGGGAGGUAUAAAUGCUUCUUCAUUCCAAAGCAUUCUUCUCGGAUUAAGUGAUCAUCAUGCCUUCCUACACAAAGCAGAUCGUCUUCCUCGUAGGAUCGACGGGGAAUACUGGAUCAUCUAUCGUUCGUGCGUUGGCGAAACAGCCGGAGAGAUUCGUAUGCCCAGAGCUUUCUUUUUUUUUUUCUGUGUUCGGGUUUUGAUUUCUUGGCAAGGUUAUAAAAGCCCUCGUACGACCGUCGUCGAUGGACAAGCCUAUCGUUCAAGAAUUUCGAAAACUAGGAGUUGAGAUCGUUCCAGGAGAUUUGGCUGAUGAUACCCAAGAGUCGCUGGAGACCAAAUUGCAAAAUACGGACAUUCUCAUUAAUACCACCUUACCGUUUAUACGCGAGCAUCAGAACAAACUCUUCCUUGCGGCCAAACAUUCCGGCGUCAAAAGAGUGGUUCCAUCUGACUUUGGCCCUUCUGCACCUCCGGGUGUGAUGAAAUAUCAAGACUCUAAACUCAAGCUACGACAAUUCAUAAUCAAAAACGAGAUCCCGUGCACUUUCAUCCAAGUUGGGUGGUGGCCAUCGUUAUUGUUUCCCUAUCGGCACUCGGUCGAAGGCACCUCGAUUAGAAUUACGAUGGGAAAACGGUUUUAUGGGUCCGGGAAAGUGAAAAUUGCCUAUACUGAUCUCGAACGCGUCGGAGAUUUUGUUGCACGUAUUAUUACCGAUCCACGAACUUUGAACAAGACAGUCCAAACUUGGGAUGGCGAGACUACACUCGAAGAGGUUUGGGAUAUCGCUUCUAGAAUCACGGGCGAGAAUUUUGAUGAUUAUCCUCGGUUCUCCGCAGAAGAUAUCGAGUCUACCCUCAGAAAUAAUCCAGAUUUUAUUACUAUGGUGAUGUCUGAGUACAGACGAUCGGUGUUUAUUCGAGGGGACAAUACGGUUGAGAAAGCCGUUGGGUUGGGAGCGUUGGAUGCGCGAGUUUUGUAUCCUGAUUAUGUCCCGCUUCCGCUGGAGGAGAUCGCAAAGAAGUUCUAUGGCAGUAAUUAAAGUUAAACUCACCUCUUUACGUCUUUGAUACGAACAACUUGAUCAUGCGAGUUUGAACUUUAGAAAGAAUCGGUGCCGGACUCGAUAAGAUAGGCUCCUUGGGAGCGCUAAAGGAGAGAAGAGAGGAAGAAGGAAGGGAGACCUAGAACUUAGGUAUUCAG